UGCGGCGGCGCAGGCCCCGCCAUGGCGGCGGAGGGAGGGGACCCGCUGGGCUUCUUCGCGGCCUACGGCAGCUCCAGCUCCGACUCGGAGGCCGACGAGGCCCCGGCCGACGAGAGCCCGGCGGGAGCCGGCGCGGCGCCGGCGGAAGGCAGCCCGGGGAGCCGGCCGCGGCUGCCGCCGCCCGACGAGCUGUUCCGUGAGGUGUCGCAGCCGCCCGCCUUCCUCUACAACCCGCUCAACAAGCAGAUCGACUGGGAGAGCCGCGUCCUCAGGGCGCCCGAGGAGCCCCCCCGGGAGUUCAAGGUGUGGAGGAACAACGCCGUGCCCCCGCCGGAGGUGUACAGCCCGCCCGAGAAGAAGCCCCCGCCGCCCCCCGCCGUCGACAUGGCCAUAAAGUGGUCCAACAUCUACGAGGACAACGGCGACGAUGCGCCCCGGCAGGCCGGCAAGGCCAAGUUCUUACCGGAGGAGGAGCGGGAGCCCCCCGAGUCAGAUGAUGAAAAAGACGACGAACCAGCUUCUGCUAAGAAACGUAAACUAGACUCUGGGGAGCACACAAAGAGGAAGAAGGUAUAAGCAGAGUAUGCUUGAUUUCACUAUAAUGAGAAUUUCAGUGAACUUGGAUUCCUCUGCUGGAAUGGGAAACAAAUACAUGUUUACGGAAUUUCUCUCUCCUGUUGGGUGGGGAAUUGUAUUUCAGCAGUAUGCUUGCCUUUUGGAAAGCACAAACUCAGUGGACAGUGUUGUGAUAGAAACUCGGCUACUAAACAAAAUUUAAACCAGUUUAUUUAAAAGAGGUGUCUUAAAGCAUUGUGAUGGGUACUUGUGCAGGUUACAGGGUUUCCUGGUAUUUUGUUUAUCGAGAAACCUGGUAACGUGAGCUUUUCUUGAUCUAUCUUUCCAUUGCGUCAAAGCCUUUCAUAAAGGAGCAUAUACUAAAAAUUCUUUGAGUAUUGUACUGUGAUAUGUUUGAAUAAUGCUGUUUUGGAAUUUGUGUAAAGACUGUAAAUAAGCCACUGGAAUAAAUCUACGUUUGAAAACAUCUGUGGUGUAAG